GGACGGUUGUGGAAAUUGCGUCUCCGCCCUAAACACCUAAUCGCCUCUCUCUCUCUCUCUCUCUCUCUCUCUCUCUUCCCCCACAGGAAUUUCCAUAAACUCUAUUUUCUCUUCCUCCUUUUUAUUCCCAUUUUUCUUCCUUUAUUAUUAUAUAUAGCAUACAGGAUUAAAAUUUUCUUUCGCGUUCUCUUCCAAUCCACUUUUUCGUUCUAUAAAUUCCCUUUACAUUACUCUCCACAGCCUCUUCCCCCUUCUCUUCUCUUCUCUACCACCCUCCCCUCCAUCCCUUCUUCUGUUCUUCUGCUUCUGCCUUCAGAGAUCUGAAGUUCUGGUUGUUUUGCUGUUGGAUUUUGGUUCUCGGAUUCUGGGCCGGAAAGCCAGAGAACCCAUCUGUUGACCUCUUCGUUUGAUGGCAGUUUUUUUUAGAUCCGUGGCUGUUUGAUAUUUCUGGCUUCUGUCUCUGAAUCUUGAUGCUUAACAUCUUGUUCUUGAUGUUUGAGAUUCAUGUUUCCUGUUCUUAGUGAAAUUCUCCGAUCCGGGUUUAUGUUAGAUUCCUCUCUCAGACGCAGGACCCAUUUAGUUCAAUCUUUCUCUGUUGUGUUCCUCUACUGGUUCUAUGUUUUCUCAGAAAUUCCCUCUUUUUUCGUCUUGAAAUCUACAUAAGAAAAUAAAGAUAAUAAUAGUAAUAAUCGGAAUUAGAUAUACAUAAAAUUAGCACCUGGGUCCUGCGUCUUUUCUUUUGGUCUAAGGUUAUAAACUCUAGUUUUUCUGAGAUUACUAGUAUCUGCUGGCUGUAAAGACACCAUGGCUUCCUCUAGUGGGAACUCCUCAGGGUCGUCUGCUCGGGGUCAGAUCUCUGGUUCUGAAGAGGACUUGCAGCUUCUGAUGGAUCAAAGGAAAAGGAAGAGAAUGCAAUCGAACCGGGAGUCGGCGAGGCGAUCCCGAAUGCGAAAACAGAAGCACUUGGAUGAUCUGAUGGCCCAAGUGGCUCACCUCAGGAAGGAAAACAACCACUUACUCACCAACAUCAACCUCACCAACCAGCACUGCUUGAAUGUUGAGACACAGAACUCUGUUUUGCGGGCUCAAAUGGUGGAACUGAGCCAGAGACUGGACUCUCUCAACGAUAUCCUUAAUUUUCUGAACACAGGCAACAAUGGGAUCUUUGACACUGAUCAGGAUCUUCAGCCAAAUGUAGCUGACAGCUUCAUGAACUCUUGGAACCAGUUCUAUCUCAAUCAACCCAUCGUGGCUUCUGUAGAUAUGUUUCAGUGUUGAUUGAAAAACUAAAUUGAGAUCAACCCAGACUGGUCUGAUUUGUUGCUGUGCUGCUGUUCCCAGAGUAGUGUUUGUUCUUGGUCUAUAUUAGUAUUGAGUGCCUUUGUGGGGUUUUUUUUUUUUGGGUCAUGUUGUUGUAGUAGUCGUGGUGAAGGUUGAUGUUGAGUUGAGCAAUAUAGCUGUGGGAAAAUUGGAAAAGGGGAAUGGAAGCCAGUGGGCAAGGAUGUGAUAAGUUGGUUUGUAAAUUAGGCACUAUUAUAAUGGAAUGGAUGGCAUUUGAAAGUAGCCCUCCAUUUAUAUAAGUUGAUGAUAAUUAUUGGUUUGGGGUUUCUCUUGUUUA